AUAAGAGCAAAAUCUAAUGAACAUUCCAAUCAUCUAAACUUAUAUUUGUUAUAGUUUCCACACACAUAAGAAGGAAUACCUUAUUAUCCACUACAUCAACUUCACACCUUGGAAAUGAGGAAUCUGCUUCAAUUUACGACAAUUGUUUUCAUGGUUUGUAUGUGCAUUACAGGGAGGGCGGAGAGCUAUAUGUUGAAUUAUGCGGAUCACUACUGCAGCCCCCUCGCGAUUGGAAAAGAUAGGCCGUUAGGCAGGCUGAGAAAACACAUCCUUGAGCACGUGGUUCAAGAUAAAUUUCAUCCUGGAUUUCGAAGACAUCAUGUUACAUGUACGAAACGGACUGAGGACGGAUACACAAUGUGGGCCCGAGCUCAAUGCGGUGAACCACACACCAUGAAUUGCCUUAAAUGUCUUGUAGGUGGUAUCAUCUACUUAGACAAAAAUUGCUUGUGGUUCAGCGGUGGACGUGUUAAAGAAGAUAGGGGGUAUUGUGCCCUACAAUUUGCUGAUUAUGAUAUUUGUGCUCAGUAAUUAUAGGUAGAUUAUAAGUAUCUACCCAAUAAUCAAUUUAUGGUUAGGGAGAAUAAUUUAGACAUAAUUUUAUCCGAUUGUACUUAGUUAGUGCACGGUGUUAGUCAUUUAGACAUAAAUCCAACUUUUGUGGUGUAUCGUCGUUAAUAUUUCGCAAGUUACAAGAAAUUAAUGACUCGUAUGCAAUUUUUCAGACCUGUAAUCUCUGUCCUAGCUCCACGUCUGGAAGCUAAUUUGUUGGAGCUUGAAAUUCCAUAAAUUAAUGCUAGUGUUACUUUUUUUAGUUCUUACAUUUUUUCAAUGUCGA